UCAGAAUUAUUUAAUAGUAUAUUUCCUAUAUAUCACAUGCCGUUUUCAGUAAAUAAAAACCGAAAGAUGUACGCAUAUGGUGUGUUACGUUCUGGUACAUGAUACGUAUUUACUUGUGUAUCAAUUCAAUUGAAUCUAGAAAGAAAUCUACAGAAUCUUUUUAGGUGCAAAGAAAUCAUUCUCUUUCGUAAAUGCAGAAAUAUAUUAUCCUUUUCUUUUCUAUCUAAAUCAAAUGGAAAAUUUGAUUUAGAUAGAAACGGAUAAAUCUAAAUUUUUGCGUGUACUAGAUUAAAAAAAAUUGACAUAAUAUAAUAAUUAUUAUUUUAUUUUUCCUGAUCGGUAAAAUCCAUGGCAUGGAAAAGAAAGAAAAGAAAAAGAUAAAAAAAGUUUUAUGGUCAAAAAUUCAUUCAUUUCACUUCUUCCACAAGAAGAAAAAGAAGAAAACAGGGGUUCUGUUGAAUUUCAAGUAUUAAGUUUCACCAAUAAGAUACGAAGACUUACUUCACAUUUGGAAUUGCACAAAAGAGAUUUUUUAUCACAAAGAGGUCUACAAAAAAUUCUGAGAAAACGUCAACGUCUGCUGGCUUAUUUGUCAAAGAAAAAUAGAGCGCGUUAUAAGAAAUUAAUUGACCAGUUGGAUAUUCGGGAGCCAAAAAAUCGUUAAUUAAAUCGUUUGAAUUAGUAUAGUAGUUAUUAGAUUUUUUAUUUUGAUGAACCUCCUACUUUUUUGAGGAAUUCAUGAAAUAAUGAAUUAAGGAAGAAAAGAUAUGACUGUACCGGCUACAAAAAAAGAUUUCAUGAUAGUUAAUAUGGGUCCUCACCACCCAUCAAUGCAUGGUGUUCUUCGACUGAUCGUUACUCUCGAUGGUGAAGAUGUUAUUGACUGUGAACCCAUAUUGGGCUAUUUACACAGAGGGAUGGAAAAAAUAGCGGAAAACCGAACAAUUAUACAAUAUCUGCCUUAUGUAACACGUUGGGAUUAUUUAGCUACUAUGUUCACAGAGGCAAUAACGGUAAAUGCACCAGAACAACUGGAAAAUGUUCAAGUACCUAAAAGGGCUAGCUAUAUCAGAGUAAUUAUGCUGGAGCUGAGCCGUAUAGCUUCUCAUUUGUUAUGGCUUGGGCCUUUUAUGGCGGAUAUCGGCGCGCAGACUCCCUUUUUCUAUAUUUUCAGAGAGAGAGAAUUGAUAUAUGAUUUAUUCGAAGCCGCCACAGGUAUGCGAAUGAUGCAUAAUUAUUUCCGCAUCGGAGGAGUAGCUGCCGAUCUACCUUAUGGCUGGAUAGAUAAAUGUUUGGAUUUUUGCGAUUAUUUUUUAACAGGAAUUGUUGAAUAUCAAAAACUCAUUACGCGAAAUCCCAUUUUUUUGGAGCGAGUCGAAGGAGUGGGCAUUAUUGGUGGAGAGGAAGCAAUAAAUUGGGGUUUAUCAGGACCGAUGUUACGAGCUUCUGGAACACAAUGGGAUCUUCGUAAAAUUGAUAAUUAUGAGUGUUACAAUGAAUUCGAUUGGGAAGUCCAAUGGCAAAAAGAAGGAGAUUCGUUAGCUCGUUAUUUAGUACGAAUCGGUGAAAUGAGGGAAUCUAUAAAAAUAAUUCAACAGGCUCUAGAAGGAAUUCCUGGAGGACCCUAUGAGAAUUUAGAAGUCCGACGCUUUGAUAGAGCAAAAAAUUCCGAAUGGAAUGAUUUUGAAUAUAGAUUUAUUAGUAAAAAACCUUCACCCAAUUUUGAAUUGUCGAAACAAGAACUUUACGUGAGAGUAGAAGCCCCAAAAGGGGAAUUAGGAAUUUAUUUGAUAGGAGAUAAUAGUGUUUUCCCUUGGAGAUGGAAAAUUCGUCCACCCGGCUUCAUAAAUUUGCAAAUUCUUCCUCAGCUAGUUAAAAGAAUGAAAUUGGCUGAUAUCAUGACGAUACUAGGUAGUAUAGAUAUCAUUAUGGGAGAGGUUGAUCGUUGAAAUGAUAAUUGAUACGACAGAAGUACAAACUAUCAAUUCUUUUUCUAUAUCGGAAUCCUUAAAAGAAGUAUAUGGACUCAUAUGGAUCUUUGUACCCAUUUUGACCCUUAUAUUGGGAAUUACAAUAGGGGUACUAGUAAUUGUGUGGUUAGAAAGAGAAAUAUCUGCAGCGAUACAACAACGUAUUGGGCCUGAAUAUGCCGGCCCCUUGGGAAUUCUUCAAGCUCUAGCAGAUGGAACUAAACUACUUUUUAAAGAAGACCUUCUCCCAUCUAGAGGAGAUGUUCGUUUGUUUAGUAUUGGACCGUCUAUAGUGGUCAUAUCAAUUCUACUAAGUUAUUUAGUAAUUCCUUUUGGGUAUCGCCUCAUUUUAGCCGAUCUCAGUAUAGGUGUUUUUUUAUGGGUCGCCAUUUCAAGUAUUGCUCCUAUUGGGCUUCUUAUGUCAGGAUACGGAUCGAAUAAUAAAUAUUCCUUUUCAGGUGGUCUACGAGCUGCUGCUCAAUCUAUUAGUUAUGAAAUACCAUUAACUCUAUGUGUGUUAUCAAUAUCUCUACGUGUGAUUCGUUGAACAUGAACUUUAUACUUCUUUCCUAGAAGUAAAGGAAAGAAGUUGAAUGUAAUGUAUUGAAUAGGUAUUUUAUUUUUUAUUCAUCAUUCGGGUCAAUGAGUUAAACCAGAUAGUUAUAUGAGUGAAACAAAACAACUUAGAAGUUUGCAGUAAGAAGAUAAAAUCUCAUUUCAUAUGUACAAGAAUAAAGUUGAAGUAAACAUAAGCAGUGUAAACUGUUUACCCCAAGAUUAAGAUUCUUUCAUUAGUCAUCAUAUCUUGGAGCGGGUGUAAAAGAUCAACUGUAUGGAGUUUUCAUUACUGUCUUGUAUUUAUUACCAUGCCGUAGAUCAAUCAAAAAUCAGUGGACGGUUAGGAACACCAAAGUGCACAAAGGAUUAGUAAUAGAGAUAAUGUAAGGUAUCAAAAAAAGAGAUAUUUCUACA